AAUGAAGACCCUUGUUGCUGUUCUGCUUGGAUUAGCUGUACAACAACGCCUGGCAGAGACUUUAAACUGCUCAUCUGUCUAUCAAAGAUAUCCAGUGGACAGUGAUAUCACAGUAAACUGUGGCCCAACUACCAUUACGCUCAGCAUCAAUGCCUGCCCAGUUCAGUAUGCAAUGUUUGAUCCUUUGACCUUGGCUCUAAAUGGGAAACACAGCAUGAAUAAUUGCAUAGGAAUUCUGCAGACUACCUUUGACCCCCCUGUCGUACAGUUUGUAUUUCCAUUUAAUGACACCACACAAAAUGCAUGUGGAAAUGUCAUUAGUAUUGUGAGUAAUAUAGGAACGGGAAUCUUCCAAUCUUUCUCAAACAUACAAACAGUAAUCAUCUCAGGUUAUGUAGACACGCCACAGACCUUAGACACGUCCCUCAUCAGCUACAGCACUAACCUGAACUAUAAUUUCUCCUGUUAUUACCCACUGCAGUACAUGCUUAACAACACUCAAAUUCUGACAUCUUCAGCAAAUGUUGCUGUCAACACAAACAAUGGCAGUUUCAUCAGCACCUUGAGUAUGCAAUUAUUUACUGAUCAAAACUUAACGGUACCACUGCAAUCUAAUGGAAGCGCCCUUCAGCUGAAAAAGAAGGUGUAUGUUGCAGUCAUAGCCACCAACCUCACUGCUAAUUUCAAUGUGCUCCUGGAUGAAUGUUUUGCUACUCCAUUACCACUGAUGACAACUACCGCUAGUGACAAGUUUGUCCUCCUGGCUGGGUGUACUACUGCAAACAGGACUACAGUACUUCUAAAUGGGUUUGGAAAAUCAGCUGAGUUUAUGUUUGAUACAUUCCGGUUCUUGCAAUACAGCAGUCAACAAAUAUCCACCAUCUACCUUCACUGCAGCACAAGGCUCUGCCAGCCUGACACAUGCACCACAUUGCUACAGGCUUGCAACACUCCAAGUUCUACUUCAGGGAGAAGAAGGAGAGACGUAGCACUUGCAGAAAAUGAUGGGGCCACGGAACGCGUCACUGUCUCGUCUGGUCCUAUAUACACCACAGAUACAGAAGCAACUGACCUGAGCUCAAGUCAGUCUAACAGUGUCGCUGAAGCAAAACAGCUCCAAGGAACAUUGAUGGGACUCGUCGUUGGACUCAUUAUUGCUGCUAUGUUGGGGGCUGCACUGGUGUUCGCCAGUGUGAUCUUGUAUAAAAUGUACCGGCUCCGUGACUCUCAGGCCAAGAAGACCUUGGACAACUAGGCCAAAUAAGCUGCCUCUAUGCAUUGCAGUAUACUAAUACAGAUAGCUAUCUAUUGAUCUAUCUAACUAUAUAGGAUGGGUCUUAUGCCAAAGCGUUGAACAAAUAAAGCAAUUUUUACAGCAAUAACAGUCUCGGAGUUCCACCAUCAAGUUGCAUAUAUUGGAGGUUACGAUCUCAUGGAGGGCAAUUAAACAAGUAUACACGAUAGUAUACACAAAGUCCGAGGUUGGCAGCUGUGCAGGAUGAUGUCUGAACUCAACUCAGACAUUUUUUAAGGGGGCAAUCAUAUACAAGGCAUGGUUUAGCCUUGCACAUGAUUGCUCCUUUAAAAAAAUCUUCCAAGUUCGACUGGCAUCCCGUACAGCCACUGAACUCGGACUUCAUUACA